AUGUUUUCUAAAACUAAACAGACAACAUUAACAAAUAAACAGAAAUUAGAAGUCUUAAACUAUAAAGACAAAAAUCCUGAUAUUAGUAACGUUGAUAUUGCUAAAUGGGUUAAAGAAACCUUUAGCUUAAAUAUUCAUUUAUCAACAGUUGGACGUAUAUUAAAACAGAAUAAUAAUACCUUUGAAGAAAUGCCUACUAUGAAAAGAUCAAGAGCUGUUACAUAUCCUGAGCUUGAUGAUGCAUUACAUGAAUGGGUUUUGCAAAAUCAAGCUUAUUUAAUAUUAAGCGAUGCUAUUUUAACAGAAAAAGCAAAAGCUUUUGCAAAUUUGCUUAACAUACCAGAAGGUCAACUUAAAUUUUCAUCAGGUUGGCUCUCAAGAUUUAAAAAACGGCAUGGAAUUGCAAAGAUAAAAUUGUAUGGAGAAGAUGCUUCAGCAGACGUUGAUGCUGCAGCUGCAGCUAUUCCAAAAUUAAACAGAUUACUAGCACAAUAUCAUCUACAAAACAUAUAUAAUAUGGAUGAGACCGCAUUAUUUUAUCG